AAGAGAUAAACUUGUUUGUGAAAAUGAAGAUUGUGUUUGUAUCAGUUUUCAUUUUGCUGGCUGUGUCAGUCUUGAGAAUUGAUGGCAAAGAAUCAUCAAAAGGCUUAACCUGUGAGCAGGAAAUAUCCUUAGUGAAGCCAUGCUUGGAUUAUCUAACAAAGAAAACUGAUGCUCCUUCAACUUCUUGCUGCGAUGGCUUGAAAAAAAUCAUAGCUUCAUCACCUACAAAGAAAGAAAAACAAGCUGCAUGUAAAUGCCUUAAGAAUGCAGCCUCUCAAAUUCCUAACCUGUGUAAAGAAAGAGUCAAUAAUCUCUGCAAAGAGUGCAAAAUCAAGGUCGAUAAUUUCAUACCCAAUGACUUGGAUUGCGAAAAGUUUGUUUAAGCUGAAGGCGAUGCUAAAAACAGUGUAUUAUGCCG